UUUGACAAACUUCUGACAGAAUCCUAAAACAAACCAUGAAAAAAACUUUAUGCUGUAAAGUUUUGCUGAUUUUUACAAGAUUGUUUCAGUUUUUAUUUUUAAUUUUGCAGCAGCAGUGAUGAUACCUUACACUGAUUAGCUCUGUCACAGAUAGAGAAAAAAGGAGAAGAACUUGGGCUGAGUGCUGUAAAAGGCUCAGUAAAAGCUGUUUGCACACCAAACUAAGGAUUGCUUAAUGUCCAUCCACCACCUUCCACCAAAAGAUAAAUAUUAAAAAUAGUUUUAUGGUGACAUACUGCAGAGUAGCUGCAUUUAAUGUGAAAGUUGAGGUUCCGAAAGUGCAUUUCUAUCACCGGGAUUGAAAAAGAAUAAGAAUAAUAAAAAAUUAGAAAUUAAUUAGGACUUUAUUGUCAAUAUUCAAUCCUAUACAAUGGUUUCUGAGUCACCUCAUUUUAAAAAAACAAGAAGAAAAAAACAAGAAGAAAAAAAGAAGAAGAAACAGGUUCAGGGAAGAAAUACUGUAUAUAAUCACUUCUGUUUGUGUGUCUGUCUGUCUGUCUGAUUUUAGCAGUCUAGCAUCCACAGUUUUCAAGAUAUCGCUCACAAAUUUAGUGUGGUAGAUACCAACAACAGCUCAAACUAACUGAACUUUGGUGAAAAUUGGAUAAAGAUCACACCAAAUGUGAAAAUAAGUUUAAACGUUAUAAUACCCACAACAUUUUAUGGAUCGUCUUCAAAGUUCACAAGCACAUGUUUAGUCCUAGGGGACACGAGUCCCUGGGUUGACUAAGCAUUUGACCAUAACCUUCAUUUAUAGCGCCCAAAGUCAGAGUUAAACUUGAAAAAAAUAGAGAAAUACAUCAUGUGUAGGGGCAUGGGGAGAUCUGUAUAACACACCUUUUUAUUUUCUCAAUACGAUCCCCUAUGACAUCACAAUGAUGCCAUAAAGUUUCUCAGUUAAAGUUAUUUAUAAAUAUAUCCUAAAAUCCCAAGUUUUUACAGCUUGAAUUAGAAAAAAAUUAUUUUCCAGCUUUAAGCUGUUUUAAUCUGUUUUAAAGAGCUCUUUUUUAAGUUCUUUAAAACAUUAUCUUUAAAGACAAAAUUAUAUGACUUUACAAUGAAAAACAAAGAUGAAUAAACUAGAGUAGAUUUCCAUAUUAACAAUGCUGACAUCACUGAUGUCAGCAUUGUGGAUUGCUAAUGUCAGUAUUAGCAAUGCUGACAUUAGCAUAAAGCUGUUCUAUGUUUCCCCUUCAGGGGGAGUUAUGGACUACCUGAGUGCUCUUGUUGAAAUGUUCAAAUACAACUGGAAAUACAGUAUAUUAGGCAAAGAAGUUUAAAAAAAAAAAACCUUAAAAAUUAGUAUUUGGCAUGACCUUUUCACAGUGUCAAAAACAGGAAAAAGUUCCCUGUGAUGAUAUCACAAGGUCAUUUUUAAAGUCUGCAAGUGAAAUCAAUUGAGAGCGCUGCGAGUCCUUCUGUGAUGAACUCCAUGAAGACGGGGCAGAUGAGGAGAAUGCUUUUUGUCUGAGCUCUGUAUGAACAGGUGAAUCUAAUAAAGUCCUGAGUCAUGACUAAACUGUUUCUGUAACAUGUAAUCUGACAAAUAAGAGGGGAGUAAACCAGAAACAGAUUAAUAUAUGAAGAUAUAAAUGAACCAUCCUGAAUAAGGACAGUGGGGACAAGUCAACAGUGGUGUGUUAAAGGUUUACAUCUGGUUAUAGAUUUUAAUGCCCCAUUAUAAACACAAUGCAACAGAUGGAGAGAAUAAGUCGAUAUAUGUAAAUUAUAUCACCAUAAUCCAGAAGGGGUAAAAAGUUGGCAGCAACAAGCCUUUGACUUGCAGUGAAAGAUUUCAUAAAAAGAACUUCAACUUAAGCCUCAGUUUGUUUAUCAGGUGGUCAAUAUGUAGCUUUAAGGAAAAACUAUUAUCAAUCACAAUACCUACUGUAAGUAUUUGUAUGAAGCCACAGUUUCAACACAAAUUGUCUUGAGCAAAUACAAGAGAGGUAAGUACUGCAGGUAUGCUGUUUCUAUUUGAGAACAACAUGAUCUUGGUUUUUUUCAGCAAUUAAAAUCAGUCUGAGCUGACACAGCUGUGAUUGUAUAAAAUCAAAAGCCAGCUGUAAUUCUUUAAAAACCAUCUUGAUGUUUUGAGCACAAUAAAUAAUUGUAUCAUCUGCAUAGAAAUGUACAAAUGCAUUAAAAUUAUGUCACAAGCUAUUAACAUAAAUAGUAAAUAAUUCCAGCCCCGGGACAAAAUUCAAAGAAACCUCGAAUUCCUGCAAAAAUCCCCGGAUAUGGUAUUUGUUUUGCUGCGAUGAAACAUGACCUUCACUGCAGGAUGUGAAACAGAUUUUUGCCAUAUUUAUGUACAUCUGUUCAGAUCACAUUCAGCCCCGGUUUCCUGUCCACAGCUUCAUAUCUGUGCUCAUCCGUGAAUGCAACAUCUUGACACAAAUCAUAUACCUUACAGGCCUUUCUUUAGGACCUCACCUUUAUGUUUAAGCUAGCUUUUAAGCUUGGCGAAGGUGUUGAUCCCUGUUUGUGUGUGUCCGCGUUAAUUUGCAGAACAAAAAAAUUGAUCCUAAUGGGAUAUGCAGCCUGGUUUGCAGUGGUGUAUUUGGCUUUUUGGACCCACCUUUACAUCAGUUUCCAUACUACAUAUUUCUAUUUUAACAUUUGGAAAAUUCCGUAUGGAAAAAUAACUUUAAAAAACAAUUACAAAUAUCUGUGUUAUAUUUUAUACAAUUUUCAUUUGACAUUACAUUUUACAUAAUAUGUAAAAAUGUAUGAAUCGAGUUGUGAUUAAUGUAUGAAAAAUGCACAAAUAUUAGACAAGCAUUUGCUAUUUCUGGAGUGAAAGGUGCAAAGGUUCUUUCAUUUAUUUUUCCCAUGGGAUGAACUGCUCUAUAAAUGUAUAAAUAUAAAAUGCUGACAAGUCAAUGCUUUGAGAUGAUAUUUGUUGCUUCCUGCUCUGAUUUCAAUGCACUGGCUUUGUUCAAAGAAGAUCAAUACCCUGGAGCCAUAAGAAUGGAGGCUGCUAUUUGCGACAUGACUGAAAACUUCAUGUGCUUAUGCUUUAACAGAUGGAACCAUUAGGUGUAGGGUGUGUGAGAAGCUGAAGACAUCUCUGUUUUCUGAUAACACCUUUCACUUUUGCAGAAUUGUGUUGUGAAUGAAACUUUUUAGGCUUCCUCUUUGAAAUUGUGCUUCUUCCCUGUUGUUCUUUCACUUCUGUGUGUGGGUCCUCUGCAGUCUGAGAAGUAUGACUCACUUUCUCCCUGAUUUAUAAAUCCUCUCAAACACUACUUCAUGUUCUUCACUGAUUUCAUGCAGCAUGAGACGUCCAACCAGCUGCUCCUCUGCUCUCUCCUUCAUCCUCGUCCUCCUCUUCCUCUCUGAGAGCUGGGGCCAGAGGUUGAACACAGACAACAAGAAGCCAUCCUGCGAUCACUGCAACCAGCAGCUCUUCUGUAACUGCUCCCACAGUGGAUUCACCAGUGUUCCCACUGUAACAGGCAGUGCCUUGAGUCUUGAUCUUUCCUUUAAUAAAAUAACAGCUGUGACGAAUGAUGACCUGACGGGCCACAUGCAACUGAAGGUUCUUGAUCUCCACGGCAAUGGCUUAGCUGAGAUCCAUCCAUCAGCUUUUGACUCUCUGUGGAGCCUGGAACAGCUGGAUCUCUCUUACAACCAGCUGACUAUGCUCAACCACAAAUGGUUCAGCAAGCUGGAAGCUCUGCAGCAGCUCAACCUACUCAACAACCCAUACAGUUACCUCGGUUCUCCUCCAGUAUUUGGGGCCCUAGUCAGACUAAGGAAGCUGGCCCUUGGAGGUCCUUCUCUGAAGGAGCUCCGGAGAGGAGAUCUGUCUGGAGUCACCCAGCUGGAGGAGUUAACUGUUCAUGCAAACAACCUGACCAGCUAUGACGCUGGUACAUUAGCACACAUUUGGCCGCUAGGUCAUGUCACCUUGAGUCUCCAUGGUCCUUUUCUAACAAAUGUGACCUUGGCUGGGUCUAUGAUUGAUGAUGUGUCAUAUCCUGAGACACCCAUCAUUCUGAAAGACAUCAAUUUGAAUGGAGUUCAGUCUGUUCAGCCCUUUAGUAAGGCAGCCAAAAGGAGGAUCAGGUAUUUGACCCUACAUAAUGUUUCUGUGUCUGACGAGGCUAUUGUUGACUUCCUGGUGGUAUUAGAUGGAGUUCCACUGACCAAACUUACCAUAGAAGAUGUCACACUGAUGGGCGAAGGCUGGUAGGAAAGAAGCACAUUAUCUUUUUGGCAUAUGUCCCAGUUAGCAACUUUGGUUCAAAAGAAACGUUUGUGUAUUAUACAGGAAAUUGAAAACAACAAACUUGUCUUUUUUUGGUUGG